UGUAGUAACAUUUCAUCUACAAAUGUAAAACUUUCUAUUUUUGCCUUAAAUGUCAUAACAUGUCAACUGCAAAUGUAAAACUUUUCCCAAGCACUUAAAUUCUUAAAAUAUUGAAAGACCCUAAUUAACUGUUAUAGUAGAGCAGCUAAGGCCCAAGCUGUGCACUUUUUACUUGGCACAAAAUAUCUUUGAUAUGUGUAUAUUUAAAAAAAAUGUUUGCCAAUAGUUUCUGACACGCCUACUAUGGCCGCCAAUUUUAAUUAUAAGGCCCAUCUAAAAGAAGGGAUCAUAUAUCUUGGCAACGGAUAAUCGUAGAGACUUAAUUUUUUUCUCAAAUUGUUUGGAACAUACAUGUUUCUAUUUGCACUAAUGCAAUGUUUUGUCCAAAAGUGACCGGAAAUGACAUUUAUAAACUUUUACUUACAAAACUUACAGUACGGUAUAUCCCUAUCGCUAUAACCGUUAAUCAUAGAGUCCUAAUUUUGGCCUUAAAUUGUUCAGAACAUGCAUGUUUCUAUUUGCACGAAUAUAACCUUUUGACCAAAAGUGACAGGAAAUGAUCCUUCUGACCUUUGACCCUAUGUAUAACUGUAGCAUAUAUAUCUUAAUAACUGUUGGUCAUAGAGACCUAAUUUUGGCCUCAAAUUGUUUCAGAAUAUGCAUGUUGCUAUUUGAACAACUGCAACAUUUUGUGACACGAAAUGACAUUUCUGACCUUUGACCCUAGGUACCUCGUAGCAUAUGUAUAUCUCCAUAACCGUUAGUCAUAUGGACACUUAAGUUUUUUGGGGAAAUAAUGUAUACGUAUAUAUUUGCUUUUAGUCCGAAAGUGAUCGGAAAUGACAUUUCUGAUAUUUGACCCUAGAUAACCAGCAUAAUUAUACAUAUCUGUAUAUCAGAUAUAUAUGCUCUAAUCUAUAGGCUCUAUUGAAGAACUUUGUCCCAUGGUCAACGGAUAUAGGCUAUAUCUAACAUCUGACUUAACUACCUUAAAAGAUCGAUCAAAUUCUUUAUAAAUUUACUCACAGUUUUACUUCUCUAAAAUUGUAGGGUCUUAAAUGCCUGAAAAUGCUUCUAUUUACCUUAACUGAAAAUUUUGUUGGAGAAUACUGAAAAUGCUUACUUUGAUCUUUGACCAAAAACACUCCAUAUUCAUUUUAUUAAUCAUUUAUUUAUUUUAUUUCACCCAACAGCGUGAACUUCAAUAACAGGGAGCAUAAAUAUAAUACAAUAUAAAAUCAUGAGAAACCUUAAAAAAUUUCUUACCUUCAAUAUUAUUUUUGUUUUAUUAACAUAAGAAAAAACGUUUCUUCUAUAAUCUAUAUGAUAAGCCUGCAGCUGUAAUACAUUGUAUUGAUUGGUAAGGUGGAGACGCCACCUUAAGUGUACGUGCGACUAAUAAAAUGUAAUUAAUGAUUUGUUUGCUUUUCUAAUAUUUUUAUUAUAACUGCAUAAUAAACAAAAAUAUCAAAUUACAUUUAUUCUCGUGCUUUCUUUUGACAAACAUUUGUUUGAAUAAAACAGUUUAUUUCAAGUUGUUUAUUCAGUACAUAUAAUAGUUCAUUAUAGACAUGUUUUUAGCCAUAACCACAUCCCAGAAAUCCUGGGAUACCGGGAUUUCCAGCUGAAAAUAGAAUGCCUUUAACCAUAAGUAGAUUUUAAAUAAUAUCCUCCAAAGACGAUGGAUGUUUGUGCUGCCUACUGGCAAUUUUUUAUAUGUUUACAUAGGUUGCGGUAACAUCCAGGGACAUCCCAUUUGAGAUUAUGUUUCACUUCACCAUUACCAUCCAUGAAAAGGGAAGUCAUUGUAAUGACGUGUAGGGUAUUCUUUUAGAUAUUUUCACUAUUUAAGAAGAUUCUGAUGCCAGUUUGUUACCCAAGGGAGUUCAGCGAAUUUCUGGUUGGCCAUCGUUAGAAGAGGCAUAUGGUACCAAAUUAACGACCGUUUGAUGAAAACUUGUCAGUGGAACCAUCGGAUGAAUACGGAAACACGUUUGAAGUUGUUCACUUGCCUGGGGCAAUGAAGGGGUCGGGCAUUUUUUUAGCCAGAAGAUAUUAUGAAAGUUUUCAUGACAUCUGAACCAAGUGGCCAUUGUGUUCCAGACGGACUUAAGCAAAAUUUUUACUUUUUGUUGAACGAUAACAACAAUGUAUUGCGACGUUCGCAAAAGAAAAAAGCAAAGUAUAUUGAUGACUGCGGAGCGUGGGACAAAAAGGCCUCAUCGAAUACGCAUACAUAUUUGAUUAACAACGGAAUGAAAUUAACAUAUAUUGAGAAAUCAAAUGGACAGUAUUACAAAAAUAAAAAGAAAGGUGAGACAGUAUUAUUUCCUCAACCAGCAGAAGACACAAUUAUUACAUUUCGGCGGUACUACUCAUCACUGAAGGCGGACAAAACCUUUAAAAAACGGAUAACAAAUAUCAUCCAAUGUCCGGAAAGCAUGAAUGAACUAUUAGCGAUAUAUGAAUAUAUUGGCAGGCAUCCAGGACAACCGCAACCACACGGGAAUUCAAAGAAAUGCGACCAGAUGUAUAUUCGAACAUCAGAAAACACUCAUAACAAGAUUAAGAAAAUGGUUUCAACAACUGCACCAAGGGAAGUAUACCAGGAACUUGUUUUGAAUGGUUCUCAGUGUGCCCCACGGGACUUAAAACAGGUCCAAAAUGCUAAAUAUAGCGAGUCAGCAAAGUUGCAUCCAGACCAGCGACGUAAAAACGCAGCAGACGAUAUUCAAACCUUAAUUAACCUAUUUCAGGAUAGUGACUUUAUUCAGGAAAUUCUGCACACGAAGGGCAAACCUCCAUCUGUAAUUUUAUAUUUUGAGGAACAGUUAAAGGACAUUGCAAAGUUUUGCAGUAGCACUGCACCACACCCUAGCGUCUUAGGUAUUGACCGAACAUUCAAUCUGGGUCCUUGUUAUGUGACCACAACAGUGUACCACAAUACAAAUUUAAUGAGAAAAGGGUCGGACCUGCGUCCUGCAUCAUGCUUGGACCCGUGUUCUUACAUUGGGACGGUCUAUUUACAACGUACCAUAGGUUUUUAACGCACCUUCAAGGAAAGCUUAAUGCAGGUAUUGCAGGAUCGAUGAUCAGUGGGUCACAAUUGGUAUUUGGAUCCGAUAAAGAAGUGGCUUUAACCAAAGCGAUACAGAAUGCAUUUCCUGCAGUAAAUUUAGUAUUGUGUACUCUUCAUUUGAAGAAAAAUGUGUGUCGUCAUCUCGAAAAAAUUGGAGUUAAGGAAACUUUACGUAAAAAAGUAUUGAACGAUAUAUUUAGUGAAAGUGAUGGAUUGGUUUCCUGUCAGGAUGAAUUUAGUUUUAGGAAACUGUCUAUGUGUCUUAAUGAACAAUAUACUAAACAACUACCAGAUUUUAUAGCAUAUUUUAAGAAGAUAUGUGAUAAGAUUCUUCAAUUUAUAAUUAUUCUGCAUGGAAGAGAUAAAUGGAUUCCAUUAGAUUGGAAGAACAAUUCUUGUGAAUCUAUGAAUAAUAUUUCAAAGCUAAGCACGAAUUGGAAAGCUCUCAAACUACCAGAUUUAGUAGACAGGAUUAAAAGUAUUGUUCAGCUCCAGUUAUGCGAUAUUCGCAGAGCUCUCCAUGGAGUUGGUAAGUUCAUUUUAUCACCAUGGGUAGCAAAAUAUGGAGUAAAACAUUAUGAUUGGGUAAAGAAGCGUAAUGACGAUAAAGACAAGAUCUUUAGUGAUUUUAUGAAUGCCGCACCACCCAAGAAGAAAAGGACAAUAACUUCUUCCGAUGGUCUUCUUACUUUUCCAGUCACCCCAAAGAGCGCACGUAAACCUGGCCAACGUAGGAGGGUUAAACGUGCAAGGACAGUGACGAUAAAGUAAACCAUUAGGCCUACUUAUGUUGAAACUUAUUUUGUAAUGCAAUAUUCACCGAUAUUCCGGCAAUAAAGUAUAUAUACUGCAGAG